AGUGAGCCAGGAGCCAGGAUGGAGAGAAGAGAAGGAAAUGAAAGGGCCCUCCAGAGCGUUUACAACAUCAGCAGAACGAGCCACCCAACCUACAGGCCAAUUCUGCCCCGGAUGCACCGCUUCUCUUCCAUACCGCCCUACCUGCGCCGGUUCCUGCAGAAAAGCCGCAGCUGCGUUCGCCAUCUUUGUGCUUGCUCAUCGGGCUUCAACUGCGUCCUGCUGCUCUGCUUGUCCCCUUUACACUGGGUGCAGUUCGUGGUGCUGAAGGACAGGCAGAAGCUCUUGACGGGGCUCUGGACCUUAUGCCACCAUGAUCUCUGCUGGGGCAACACUUUGAAGGCCCCCUACUACCUCCAGUUCUCCAGGGCCUUCUUCCUCAUCUCUGCCUUCACCAUCCUCAUUAUUAUUAUAUGGUUCAGCAUCUCUCUCACCAAAGGGCCAGGAGACAAAACCUACAUAGAUCUGGGCAUAUCCAUCUUCUGUUUCAUUUCAGGCACCUGCCUACUCUUCUGCCUCAUCUUUUUCCUGGUGCAAGUGAAAUUGUAUAGUAAGAAUGUCUUGGAACCCCAUUUCCUGAUAGUCUACCACAUCAAUUGGUUGGGCAGUAUCCUCUACAUGAUGAUUGGGUUCCUCUCUGUACUCAAUCACUUAAGUUCUCAAGUUCCUCCUCCAGAUCAAAACCUCCUCGUGAUCCCUAUAAUAAGGACAAGGGUAGGAAAUAUGGCCACAGUGAAAUUGAGUCUAUCUGAGGGAGACUCAGGUGUUUCUUCAUGCAUGAGUAAGGCACCAGAAAGACAGUUGAGUUCAGUGGUACAAUCAAGGGCCCAAGCAGAAGCCGAGACAUAGACAGAGCCAGAGAUACACACAGGGCCAGAGAUAGGAAGUGAGUCAGUAAUAUGGAAUGGGUUAAUAGUUCAGGCAAGGUCAGCUACUGAGGUAGAACCAGCUGACACAGCAGAGUAGAGAACACAGUAGCAACUGUGAAUAUGUCAGGCAAUAGACCUGACAUUAAUGAAAAGAAAAUGAAGACCAGGGUGAUGAAGACAGACUCAGUUGAGAAAAAUGAUGAUAACGAGACAAAAAAAAGUUAAUCUUCGAUCCAGGGUAGUAGAGGGCAGAGAAAGAAUAAAAACAAAACAAGGCCCUGCAGAGAGAUUUCCCUUCAGAGCUGAAGAUAUUUGGUUGAUUCUGUUUGAAGAGGAGUAGGAGUAUCAGAGGUAAUUCUGAGAGGAGAUUAGGAUGACUGUUGAAUCCCACCCCCCACUAGAUUAUGCCUCACUCACCUAAUAGGUUGAUAUUAUGCAUGAAAGAGAGUCAUUUGUAUGCUAUAGGUCCAAGAUGCCAACAACCUAUAAAUCACAA